GCAUUUGCUACCUCAAAAUGGUUAAGAAGAAAGAAUCUAAGAUUCUUUUGAAACUUUUGGUGGAUAGAAAGAAGGAUCAAGUUGUUGCAGCUGAAUCCGGAGUAGAUUUUAUGGACAUACUUGUUAGCCUUCUGACUUUACCCAUGGGAACAAUAAUACGACUCAUUAAAGCAGAGGCUGGAACUGUUGGUUGUAUCAAUAACUUGUACCAAAGUGUUGAAAACCUCGAUGAGGAAGAUCUGUACAUAGAGCAUUGCAAAAUCUUGUUACUGAAUCUGAUAAAUCCAUAUCCAAAAUAUUGCAUGAAGUUAAAAGUGAACUUAGAUGAUUCAGGGUCUAAGUAUUAUAAGUGUUCAGAUUGUCGAUACAACAGCUAAUACAUGAAUGUUGAGUGCAAAUGUAAUGGGAAGUAUAACAAAGAGACGUUUCUGAAAGAUUCAGUUGAAAAUACUUGUUGCGAUGAGUAUGUCUUUCUUAAAGGAGGGAUAUCAUUUCUAAUCUCUGACGGUUUACAAGUCAAGGUUGCUUCUCCAAGCUCGCUUGUUCAGAUGCUUUCAAAUGUUGGCCUGAGUGAUAUGAAUCAAAUCGAGGAGAUGCAUGUAGAAAUUGGCAAAAAUGAGGUGAUUCAUCUACUUGUGAGUUCAUUGAUCUCAAAGACUCCCUUGUCUGAUGUGUUUCUGCCCAAGCAAAAACAAAAAAGGGCAAGAGUAGACACUAUCACAAUGUCCGAGUCUGGAUCGUCCAUUUCUGAAAAUGGAACCAGGAAUAACACCAAGAAAUUGGAGCUGAAGCUAACAGUAAGAAAGUCUACAAACAUGGUCUUGUGUGCAGAAGCUCUGCUGCAAAUUUCUGAAGGAAAAUCAGAAAUUUAUGACUUGCACGAUAUAAGGCAGUUUGUAAGGGGUGCUUUUGUUGCCAAAUGUCAAAGGUUUGCCAAGGAACCCUUCCUUUUCUACGUUAUGGACAAUUUGCAAGUGAGAUCUUUGUCUUCUACGUCAACUAUUUGCUUACUGCGUGAACUAAAUGUGCCCCUGAAUGAUAUUGAGGAGCAAAUGAUCAGUAUUGGUGAGUCGGAAGCAUUGAACUUGCUGAAGGCCUCUUUGACAUCAUCAUCAUCAGCUUUGACAGAGGGCCUAAAUCACAAGUUGAAGAAGCAGAUAGACGAAGAUGUGCAGUGUAACGUGAAGAAACUUUGUCGUGCUCGUUAG